UGCUACUAGUGAAAUAUCCCAACCAUACAGAGACGCUGGCCGUCCACACAGAGCAACACUUCUGACAAAAAGCGUCUUAUUAUUCCACAUUUUCACGAUGGCGAGCCAACCAUGCGCGCAAUCCAAGCCGGCGAAGAAGACUUUGACUCUGGGGGAGAAGAUAGAAGUGAUCCGGCGGUACGAGAAGGGUGGGACCGGGGCGCGAGGACUCGCCAAGGAGUUCGGAGUUGGGAAGACGCAGAUUCAAAACAUCGUGAAGAGAAAGCGGGAGUACCUUGAGGACUAUGAGAAGAACGCUCCGAUCAGCAAGAAAAGAAACACCCGGCAGUCGCUGUACGAUGACGUCAACAAACUGUGCUGGCACUAUUUCUGUGAAACAAGCUCCAAACCCGUCACAGGACCGAUGCUCCAACAACAGGCUCUAAAGUUUGCCGAGCAGCUUGGAGUUGUGGGCUUCAAGGCGUCUAAUGGGUGGUUAGAAAGCUUUAAAAACCGCCACAACAUCACGAUAGGGAGCAAGGGCGUCGGAGUGGUGCAAAACUGGGCAGACAAAAUUGCCGACAUCAUGACAAGCUACUCUGCUGAAGACAUCUAUAGUAUGGAAGAAACCGGCCUGUUCUUCCGCGGAACAACUUCCAGUCAAGUAACGGCGCUGUUGGAAGGUGAUCACUCUUACUUCAGUAGAGCAAAGCAGGCCCAAGACUCUCUAACCAUUGUCCUGUGUGCUAACAUGGCCGGGGAAAAAGAGAAACCACUUGUGAUCGGUCAGCCGGCCAACCCUCCCUGCUUCAGAAACGUGCAGCCUUCCAGCCUACCUGUGACUUACGCGCACAACAAAAUGGCCUGGAUGACGUCGGAACUUUUCCUUGACUGGCUGAGGAGCCUGGAUCGGAAGAUGGGCGAACAGAAUCGUAAGAUUCUCCUUUUUCUUCAACAGACGCCAAGUCGUCCACACGUGAAGCUGAGGAACAUCCAACUCACGUUCUUCCCGCCUAACACCCCGGCUAGACUCCAGCCCAUGCAGCAGGGCGUGAUCCACAGUUUCAAACUGAAGUACCGCAGGCGGCAGCUCAGGCGCAUCCUCCAGGAGAGACAGAGGCAGUGCGGGGCGACAGACGAGCAGCUCGCCGGUCAGGUCACCGUGCUGGAGGCCAUCCAGUGGAUCGGCUCGGCCUGGGAGGAGGUGACUCCCCACACCAUCCAGACGUGCUUCGUGAAGGCCGGCUGCGCCCAACCAGAAGUCAAGGCAGAGUCAGUUGAAGACAGGGUUGAGGCAGAGAUCUGGACAAGAGAUACUUCAGCAGCCAUGGACAAGCUGACACAGGAACUCUUCGGAUGUAAGUUUGAAGAGCUGUCAGUCAUCGACCAGAUGCUGCCCACAUGUGACAUGGAGGGGCGGGACUGGGAGGAGGAUGCCACCAUCCUGCUGGAUGAGCUUCAGGAGGAGACAGUGGAGGAGUCUGAUGGUGAUGAAGAUGACACAGGAGAUAACAGGGAUGAGUUGGCAGUCAUUGAUCAAGACACGGAGGCGAGGGAUGACACUGAAGCGCACAGGGACAAUCCUAUCAAGGACCUGAACACCUUGAUGGACUUAAUGAAGUACAUCAAGCGUUUCUGUGCAGAGGAGGGACUCGGUGAUCUGCUCAACACCUUCCACCAGGCAGAUGAAAUGCUGAACUCAGUUUGGAGUGAGCGCCAAGCUGCACGGCUCUACAAAAUAGACCAGGAAUGAGGACAAACUCAAAUGCAAUGGAAUCAUGUGUAGCUUCUAUAUAUGAGCCUUCAAGACUUGUACUGCAAUGUUAGAUAUUGAAAUUUUCAUAGAUUUUUUUUUUCUUACACUGUUGGUUUCUUUUAACAUUGUUCUAUUCCCUUCACAUGUAGAGCAACAUAUGUACAAUGGAACUCAACAGAGAAUGUAAUAACUGAAUGAGUUUUACAGGAAAUGUUUUCAUGUUCUCGUGCUGUAUGUAAAUACUUGUACUUAGUUCUUUUUCAAUUCAGCUCGAAAGAUGAAUUGGAACAUUUAUCUUAUGCAUAUUAAUAAUUAUGAUAAAAGGUAGUUGACUUGGAA